AAUAGUUUCCUUCCACGCUAAAACAGCUCUCAUUGUAACCUUUUAACAGCAAAAAAGCACUGAUGGGUUUCGUAUCAACAGGUUGUUUGCUCGAGCUUUCAUACUAAGCACAGUUUUCAUGAUUCGCUCUUACUGCGCAGACUCGGAUCUGCUCGCUACUUCCUGUGUGUGCGAGGCAAGGCAAGGCAAGACACGCCUUGGGAGCCUGACUGCAAUGUUGACAUCGGAAAAUAUGCGGGAAGACAACACAGAGAGCAUGAGGCUGCACUCCUGUGAGAAAUGCAAUGAGUUGGAGAACAGGAGCCUCUGAAGGUGAAGCCUCACACUUCUCCCUAAUGGACUAAAUACUGAGACAAACAUUCUCACACACACCUCCCAAAAUGCAUACUAGCUGUGAUAUCCAGCUGGAAACCAGUGAAUACAUAAAUAACCAAAGUCACAAUGACCAGGAUGACUCAUGCCACACUUCCACAUUGCCCCAUGGCUGGAUCAGAGAGGUGAGGCAGCGGAAAGCAGGCAAGACAGCAGGCAAAAUGGACGUCUACAUUACAAGUCCCCAAGGGCAGAAGUUCCGCUCAAGAGCAUCCCUGCAUGCUUUUCUCCUAAAAGAUGGAGAAGAGAACCUAAACAUAAACCUCUUUGAUUUCACCGCAUCCAAGGAUAAUGUAGUCACCACUUCGCAAUUACUCCCCUCUCAAGAGAAACGGAGGAGAAGAAAGAAAAGACAUGCAGGUGGACAGCAGGAGGCAACAGAAGCCGCAAUAGAAAUAUUGAAUUCCCCUCCUGAUAAAUCUAUAAGGGCCACACCCUCCCUCAGAAGUGAAAAUAAAGACAGAAAAAUAAAAAGUGCGACGGUGAAGUGUUGCGUACAAGCUGCACCUUCAACCACAGACAAAGAUGUCAAACUGCAAAAGAGCCCUCAAAGGUCGGGUCAGCUGAGAGAGAAGAUACUCAGAUUGACUCCUUCCAGUAACCAACAGCACACUCUCAUUGUUAACAAGGAAGAAGAAGCAGACUCGUGGCCUUCUGUCCCGACUCUAAAUGUUGAACCUGCUGAGAACGAGGAUGAGGAUGAGAUACAGAUUCACAGCAAAGGUGACAACAAGCUUAAUUCUGAACUGGAGGCAGAUGCUAAGGAUGAGGAAGUGUUGUUACCUGACACCCCUGGUGGGAGCUGUACACCAGUGAGAGAUUCCCAGAAUAAGUCCAAGAACGGGGAAGACAAACGGAAAACAAGCCCCUAUUUUAGCAGGAAACCCCCCAGAGAUGGUCUUAGCCCACCCAGGAGGAAGGCCUUCAAGAAGUGGACACCCCCUCGCUCACCCUACAACCUCGUACAGGAAACCCUUUUCCACGACCCCUGGAAGCUCCUGGUAGCCACCAUUUUUCUGAAUAAGACCAGUGGCAAGAUGGCCAUACCUGUACUGUGGCAGUUCUUUGAGCGUUUCCCAUCUGCAGAGGUGACCCGGGAGGCCGACUGGAAGCCCCUGUCUGAACUUAUGAAGCCUCUUGGCUUGUAUGAGCUUAGAGCCAAAACACUUAUACGCUUCUCAGAUGAAUAUCUAACUAAACAGUGGCGUUACCCCAUCGAGUUGCAUGGUAUUGGGAAGUACGCCAACGACUCGUAUAGGAUCUUCUGUGUGGACGAGUGGAAAGAGGUGAAACCUGAAGAUCACAUGUUAAACAAAUACCACGCCUGGCUGUGGGAGAACCAUGAAAGACUUGGAAUCUGAAAACACAAAGUUUGAGGAACUGCAGGGAAGAUCUGCUGUGGAAAAGACAAUAAAACAUAAACAAUAUUAGUAUUAUUAUGAACGUGCAUGUUGCAUGUUAAACCUGAAUCCCUUUUAAAAUUAUGCAGUGAUAUU